AAAAUCAAAACAUGCCUUAAGAAAAUUGUUUAUAUUUAGAUAUAAAAAGGAAUAAAAGGUAGCAAAGAUGAUUUUAGUCAUAUCAAUGCUUAUUUUGUCUUUUUUGGCUGGUAUUCAUUGGUCGCAGUUUCACACGGAGGACUUUGUUAAGUUCGAGCCCAAACUUGUUGAUGGGGUUUGUGAUAAAUGCAAGUUGUUUAUCAAUGCCAUUCAUCAGCUCAUAUCAAGUAAUUCAACUCGAACAGAAGUAUUGUCAGCUUUAAAAGAUGGUUGUCAACUUUUACCUCCUAGUUUGAAAUCUCAGUGUGUGGAGGUGGUGACAACUUACGGUGAACAAUUACUCAACAUAUUGGAUGAAUUCCUCGCGGAUCCUGAUGUGGUAUGUUCAACAAUUGGCUUCUGUAACUCCACGCGUACUGCCGGGAUGGACAAGAAGUAUCUGAAAAAGGUGUUGGAAGAAGUAUUCCGAAACUCGCAGCCACACUUACCAGCCCAGUUAAAAGGUAUCAGUAACUGCGCUUUGUGUGAAAUGAUACUCGUGAUUAUCCAGGGUAUAUUUGAAGACACUUCCACGCAGAUGUUUGUGAAAGAAGAAAUUGGAAAGCUUUGUGCAUUGUUGCCAACACCUGCAGAUGUUUCUGAAUGUCACAAGGCAGUGGAUUUGCUGGAACCGAAAGUCUAUGAGUACAUUGUGAGGACAUACUUCGCGCCAAUGAAAUUUUGUCCCGGCAUUGGUUUGUGCUAGAACGUAGGAGGGUGUUUUUAGUGUAACUUCUACAACUUUACCUUUUUAAUUAAAAAGCUCGCGUAAUUGCAGAUCACUACCUGACUAUUUGACAUAAACUGAGGCGAUCCAAACUGCCCGCCCAGGCGAGAUGUUUUGUUUUUUGAAUUUGUGAUUGGUUGACUCCAUUCAUAUAAUAUUACUUUGCCGAUAAAAAAGCAUUGCACAUUGCGAGUCGAAACACAAGAAAAGCAAUCAUUUUCACAUUUCGUGUUGUCAAAAAUAUGUCAGUAGUUUCUGUAUUAAUUGAUUUCGUUAAAUCAAAAACAAAAAUAGAAAGAAAAAAAGGAUUUGAAUUAACAAUUUAAAAUACUCACAAAGAAAAUCUCAAGAAUAAUUUCAAUUUUCCUUUGCUGGUUUGUUUAUGCCUUGGAACUGUCAUUUAAAAAAAUAAUGGACAUUUUAUUUCAACCUGGCAAGGUUUUCUCCCGCUUGACUUUUCCUGUAGAAUAUUUUUUUUUCUUCAAACAAAUUAAAUAACCGAGCAAACCCGCUCUAAAAUCAUGCUCUAAAAAACUUUUGACUCGCACGCUCUUCUUGAACGAAAACGUAAUUUUGAGAAAUUUUUAAUUGUUAUGGUUGAUACUUAUUUAUUACGUCACAAUCUUAACGACGACGAAAAAUUAAUCUUCUUUUCUGAUCCAAUUUGCUCCUCCCAGCUAUCAUUGUGUUCACAUUCCUACUUUAUUGUUGUAUAGAUAUAAUUUAUGUCUACUUUCACACGACGUUGUCAGCAAAAAUAUGAUAAAUUUAUAAUUGUAAAAUGUUUUUUGAAUUGAUGUUCUUUUCUAAUAUAUAGAAAUAUUUAA